ACUGGCUCAGGUGCUCUGGAAACGUCCUUUUUUAAAACUCGAACUACUGCAGCGACCAUUUAUUUGGUUAUUUCCGCGUAUUUCUUGAUUUAUUUUUUGAGAACUCCACGCUCAGUUUGACUUUAUCAAGCCAGCCCCAGGUGCCAGGAUGGACGAGGCGGAGAAGUACCAACAGCGACUGGAGGCCAUCGCUGAGAAACGGCGGCUGCAGGAGGAGCAGGAACGAGCCAAGAGGGAGAUGGAGGAUGAAAAACUCCGACUGCAGCAGCUCAAGAGGAAGUCUUUGAGGGAUCAGUGGCUGAUGGAGGGAGCUCCCUUGUCCCCAUCCUCACGAGAUUCCCAAAGCCCACACUCUCCUCCGUGGGCCGCUCAGGAAAUGGAAAAGCACAGGCCGCCAUCACGGAAUAUGGAGUUAGCAGUGGAGGAUGUGAAAGAACAAAUUGCAGAGGACCAAACAGAAGCCACCAACAUGGACGCCGGAGAUAUGGGGACAACCGCGAUCCAAAUAUUACGGGAUGACGACGCCCCUGUUCUGAUGAACGGCAAAGGGGACUUGAAAGCUGGUCUUAAACCAAACCGCCAAAGUGCUUUGGAAAAGUCCGCCACAAAUGGCCCAAGUGGAUGCGUCGUCGUCAUCGAGAAUCAUGGCCAACACGUUCCCCACUUAAGCUCCACCGAGGUGGACAAAGGGAUCGUGGUCAUGCGGGCCGAACGAGUCGUCAUCACGGAAGAUGAUGAUGAUGAGGAGGAGGAGGAAGUUGAACCACAAGACUAUCAAAAGAAGCAAGCAGGCCCUGUGGAGGAGGAGCAAGUAGCUCCAGAAGCUUCCAAUGAGUUGGCAAAGGAUGAAACUGGUGCGGCGGCGCAAGCAGGAAAAACGCACGAGGAGACCAAAGAGGAGGACAUCGAAGCGGAAACUUCGCCCUCCGUGCUACUGCCGUCACCAACCGAUCCUCUAGAGGCCGCCUCGGUGGCUCCCGUGCCGGUCUACUCCCAAUCACAACCCUUCUCUCCUCCUUCGGCGGAGACGCCACAAACCAGCGAGGAAGACGCGAUCACCCCGGCGACGCCCGACGUGUCCCCAAAAGCCCAAGGCGACGCCCCCAUCGCACCCCAUCGGUUCCAGGAUGUUUCCCUGAGCGACUCCAUAGACAACUACAGGACUGAGGCACGCACGAGCGAGCAGGAGCCCCUCCUGGAGCCCCUCCUGGAGCAGGCUAAAGGCCUGGAAAUCCAGGAUGACAUCGCCAGCGAUAACCACUCGCGUCCCAUAGAGAUGCGGGCCGAGGCCAUGCCGGCGCCCAAUAAGAAAGUCUGCUUGUGCUGCUCGCUCAUGUAAAGGCAACAAAAAUACCCACGCAACACUUUUUUUGAGUUUGCUCUCAUCAAGUAUUAAUGCUUCCUUUAUUUUAUUUUAUGAUGAUUCUGCUGAUCACAGACAGCAGCCCUGAAGUCCACUCAAAGAGGUGCACUUCAUGUUUUACAAUCACGGCCGUUAUUAAACUCUGUUGAACUCACUUAAGUCCCUGGUCCUUUUGGAAAAGCUGAAGUUUUAAUUCACUGCCAAAUAAAUGUGUUUUUGUAAUUUAAACUGUCGUAUUUUAAAGAGGAUAUAUCAAUAAAAUAUCUUAUGGCACUGCAGUGUUUAUUAAUAAAAUAUCAUUUCUACUGCAUUAAAGUAUCUGGGUUCAAUUAAAGUCCCUCUAAGAAACAUUCAAUGUAAUAUGUAAGUUCAUCAAUUUCAAAUAGUGUUUGGGUAGACAUUGUAAGAGAUGAUGACUAAGCAAUGACAUUUGACACAGAGGCCCAAUCUAAUUGUAUUGCAUUACAAAUAAUUAUUUAAAGAUGUUAUCAAAAUUUGUGAUCAUUGAAAUAUGUGAAGCAACUUAACUUCAUGCAAAAUGAGAGCAAAAAAAGUGUUGUGUUUUUAUUUUGGUUGUCUUUAUUUUCUGAAACCUUCCUAUUCUAGUUUUUUACACUGCAUGCCACGAUGGAUUUAUUUUUAAAAUAAAAAAAAACACCUCUGUUUAGUAACAAACUCAACCCACAACAUUUGAAUGCAGUGAAAUGAAAAAGGCUUUAUCACAAAUGAAUUAUUUGUAAUGUGUAAACAUUUGAAUGUAAAUGCAAGUGUUUUCUUAAAAUGAUACGAGUGGUUCAUAGAGAAUAUUUUUCUAAUUAGGAGCUUUGUGGAUGAAUUAUUGAACAGACUUGGGAAUGCCGAGGUGGUUUUUUUUUUUUCACCACCCACAUAUUUGGGGUUUGUCACGCAAGUUGCAUAUAUUCCUUCUUCCCAAUUAUGAAAACCAACGUGUCAUUCCUGUCGAGCCAUCUCAUUUAACACAUUUUUACCAAAGUAUGAAUUUUGUAUUUAACCAGAUCUCUCUACAUGCAUAACAAAACCAUGUUAGGAUUUGAUAUCAUUGUCAAAAGUUUUGAAAUGACUGCCUUCGCUAUUAAACGGCGCCACUGAGUAAAUUUUGGACUUUCCCCCCAUUGAUCGAAUUGUUUAAGGAAGAGCGCACAAUCCAUAUGCAGAGACUACCUCUUGAAAUCACCGGACGAGUUUGCUUCAAUGUGUCAUCUUGUGAGCAGACUUAACAUUUUUGGUUUUGUGUCUCUCUCAUACACAAUUGGUACAUCUUGUCCGUCUGGCUUUUUAUUUUCGCCACAAGUAGCAAGCGACCUUUCAUAUUUGUCAUACGAGCGAAUGUCCUCGUUGUUUGACUUCUGUGAAUGAUUUGGCGAGUGGGACUUUGUCUGUGUUCUGUUUGAACUGGCUGCUGUGUGUAUAAAAGAUGCCAUGGGCUACCUUCGUGCACACAUCGCCAUUGUGACAGACCCGUGUUCACAUCUCGAAGGUUCGGCCUCCUCGCUCCUUUGCAAUGAUUCUCCUGGCGUACGCCGUCGUCGUGGCCUGCUUGCUGUCCGGCACCACAUGCGCCCCUCUGGCCUGCGAAAAUCAGAUUCGGCCUCUGGUGGACAUGUCUCCCGACCACCUGGAAGGACAAUGGGCCUUGAUCGGCGGCAGUUUGAACCGAUCGGUGGACGAAGACACGCUCAAGACCAGAGACAGUGUCACUUUCGUCGCGGCCAACACCAACUACAUCCAACGUAAUCGCGUUGCGGACAAGUGCAUGUCAUUCGUGCUCAACGCCACCAGGCAAGGCCACGUCAUGAGCUUAAAGGGGCCCAACUAUCUUUUCGUCGCCACCUUCCUCCACACCUCCUGCCCGACCUGCGUGCUGUUCCGCUUUGAUGUGAAGGCGGCGAGCCACACCACCACCGACCUUUACAUAGCGAGCAAAACCAAGCGAGAGUUGGACGCCAGCGAGAAGGCCGAGUUCGUGGCACAGGCAAAAUGUCUGGGCUUGCGGGAACCUAUCUGGAUGGAGCCCACCAAGGAUCUUUGUCUGGCCUGAUUGUCUCAAUAAAGCGGUUCAAACUCUG